AUGCCUGUUAUGAAGGGAUUACUGGCACCCCAGAACACCUUCCUUGAUACCAUAGCUACUCGGUUUGACGGAACACACAGUAACUUCAUCCUCGCCAACGCCCAGGUGGCCAAAGGUUUCCCCAUCGUUUACUGUUCCGAUGGCUUCUGUGAACUGGCUGGAUUUGCCCGCACAGAGGUCAUGCAGAAGAGCUGUAGUUGUAAGUUUCUGUUUGGUGGGGAGACAAAUGAGCAGUUGAUACUCCAGAUAGAAAAAUCACUGGAAGAAAAGACAGAAUUCAAAGGAGAAAUUAUGUUCUACAAGAAGAACGGGUCUUCAUUUUGGUGCCUCUUAGACAUUGUCCCUAUCAAAAAUGAGAAAGGAGACGUGGUACUUUUCCUGGCCUCAUUCAAGGAUAUAACAGAUACAAAAGUGAAGCUGACUCCAGAAGAUAAAAAGGAAGACAAAGCCAAAGGAAGAGGCAGAGCGGGGUCCCACUUUGACACAGCCCGGAGACGGAGCCGAGCGGUCCUUUAUCAUAUCUCUGGACACCUGCAAAGAAGAGAAAAGAACAAAUUGAAAAUCAAUAAUAAUGUUUUUGUAGAUAAACCAGCAUUUCCGGAGUACAAAGUUUCAGAUGCAAAAAAGUCCAAAUUCAUCCUUUUGCAUUUUAGCACUUUUAAAGCUGGCUGGGACUGGCUGAUCCUGUUGGCGACGUUCUAUGUCGCUGUGACUGUACCUUACAACGUUUGCUUUAUUGGCAAUGACGAGCUGUCCACAACACGGAGCACCACGGUCAGCGACAUUGCAGUGGAGAUUCUGUUCAUUAUAGCACACUGUGCCGGACUUUGCAUGUGGUCGUUGAGAUUUACAAUGGGCACCAAAUUUAUCACCCAACUGUCCUAUGUUCUAAAUCUUGUUAGCCGAACACUUGCAUGGGAACUAGGUUGGCUUCACGAGCUGGGGAAACGUCUGGAAUCUCCUUACUAUGGUGGCAACAACACCUUAGGAGGCCCAUCCAUCCGAAGUGCCUACAUUGCAGCUCUCUAUUUCACCCUCAGCAGCCUCACCAGUGUUGGGUUCGGAAAUGUCUCCGCCAACACAGAUGCAGAAAAGAUCUUUUCCAUCUGUACGAUGCUAAUUGGCGCCUUGAUGCAUGCUUUGGUCUUUGGAAAUGUAACUGCAAUCAUACAGCGAAUGUACUCCAGAUGGUCUCUCUACCACACAAGGACAAAGGAUCUGAAGGACUUCAUCCGUGUCCAUCACCUUCCACAGCAGCUAAAGCAGAGAAUGCUGGAAUAUUUCCAAACCACUUGGUCGGUCAAUAAUGGGAUUGAUUCCAAUGAGCUUCUGAAAGAUUUUCCUGAUGAGCUGCGCUCGGAUAUCACCAUGCAUCUGAACAAGGAGAUCCUGCAGCUGUCGCUCUUUGAGUGUGCCAGCCGGGGCUGUCUCAGGUCACUGUCUUUACACAUCAAAACCUCCUUCUGUGCUCCCGGGGAGUACCUCCUGCGGCAGGGUGACGCUUUGCAAGCCAUCUACUUUGUGUGCUCAGGUUCUAUGGAAGUACUCAAAGACAGCAUGGUGCUGGCUAUCCUAGGGAAAGGCGAUUUAAUUGGAGCAAACCUCUCAAUUAAGGACCAAGUUAUUAAAACAAAUGCAGAUGUGAAGGCACUCACCUACUGUGAUCUCCAAUGCAUUAUCCUCAAAGGACUCUUUGAAGUGUUAGACCUUUACCCAGAAUAUGCUCACAAAUUUGUGGAAGACAUUCAGCAUGAUCUCACAUACAACCUUCGUGAAGGUCAUGAGAGUGAUGUCAUAUCAAGACUGUCAAACAAAUCUACACUCUCACAGACAGAGUCCAAGGGAAAUGGCAGCAUAAAUAGGAGGCUCCCAUCGAUAGUGGAAGAUGAAGAAGAAGACGAAGAAGGAGAAGAAGAGGAGAUGGCCUCUCUCUCCCCCAUAAACACCAGAGGCACCCCCUCCUCAAGUAACAAGAAAUUUGGAAGCAAUAAAAGCUAUCUGGGCAUAAGCUUAAAGCAGUUAGCCUCAGGAACCAUGCCCUUCCACUCACCUAUCAGAGUCUGUGGCUCAAACCCUCCAAAAAACAAGCAGGAAACUGACCUCCAUUUACACGGAAAAAGAAAGGAGAAAAACCUGAAGCUACACCUUUCAACACUUACUAGUACGGGACCCCCUGAUCUCAGUCCAAGGAUUGUGGAUGGAACAGAAGAUGGAAUAACUAAUGAGGAAAACCAGACUUUUGACUUUGGUUCUGAACAAACAAGGCAGGAGCGCCGAGUAACCCCUCCCAUAGCAGACCCUGAGCUGGGAGCAGCAGUUCUUUUUAUCAAAGCAGAGGAAACCAGACAGCAGAUAAGUAAACUGAAUAGUGAGGUAAUGACCUUAACUCAAGAAGUCUCACAACUAAGCAAAGAUAUGAAGAAUAUAAUGAAUCUUCUGGAAAAUGUAUUAAUGGCCCCAAAGCCUACAGGGUUUUGCUCAGUGCACAGUGCAUCCAUGUGUCCUUCUAUUGAGAGCUUACAGAAUAGAAUGACUUGGACAGCUCACCAACCUUGUAUGCACAAGCAAGCAGGCAAGAGUGCCUGCCCCAAAGCACACCUUUGUCACGGUAACAGCAUGUCCAGCAUUUGGGAAAUGGAGCGUUCCUCCGUUGGUAGCAGCCCCCAAAGAACUGGAGCCAAUGAGCAAAAUCUUUUGGACAAUGACCUUUAUCAUUGUUCAGGCCUUGACUAUUCCCCAUCUCAUUAUCAGGUCAUCCGAGAGGGUCCUUUGCAGUUUAUAAGGUGCACUUCUCCCCAUUCAGAUACCACACUGACCCCUCUCCAGUCUAUUUCGGCAACGCUCUCAUCCUCAGCAUGUUCUUCCUCGGAGACAUCCUUACACCUCGUGCUCCCCAGCAGAUCUGAGGAAGGUAGUUUCAGUCAAGGAGCGGUCAGUUCUCUCAGUUUGGAAAACUUGCCUGGCUCUUGGGACCGUGAGGGAAUGCCAUCCCUUCCCCCAAAACCCUCAGAAGAUUUCCCUCUGGAAAUUGUAACAAGCACAACAGACGUGAAAGAUAACAAAGCCAUAAAUGUAUAA